AUGUCUCUUAAACUUCCACAAGCUCCCAAUUCCGGGUUGUUCAAGAGUGGCUACCUGUCGAUCUCCAACGAAGAUGGAGCCAUCAUCAGAAACAUUGAGGCUGUUCGUGAAAUUUCCACCAUUCUCUUGACUUCGAUGGGUCCCAGUGGCAGAAACAAGAUCAUUGUUAAUAAGCUCGGCAAGAUUUUCAUCACUAACGAUGCUGCAACCAUGCUCAAGGAGUUAGAGGUCGUCCAUCCUGUUGUCAAGAUCUUGAUCAUGGCUUCUCAGCAACAGGAAUUUGAGAUGGGUGACAAUACCAACUUUGUGAUAAUUUUGGCUGGUGAACUUUUGAACAUCGCUGAAAAGUUGUUGACUUUAGGAUUGAAUGUCACCGAAAUCGCCCAGGGCUACACUUUGGCCAACAAAUAUGUCGCUGAGACCUUGAACGACUUGGUAGUUGACAAGGUGGAUUCGGUUCUUGAAGCUUCUCAAUUGACCAAAGUCAUCAAGCCUGUCAUCGCUGCUAAGCAAUACGGUUACGAAGAUUUGAUUUCAAAACUUGUAGUUGAAGCCGUUCAGAGUAUCAUAAAUCCUAAGAACCCUCUGUCCUUCAAUGUGGACAGUGUAAGAGUCGUCAAGAUCAUGGGUGCUUCGUUGAACCAGUCUUCCGUAGUUAAGGGUAUGGUUUUCCCUAGAGAGCCAGAAGGAACCAUCAAGAACAUCAACACCAAGUCUAGAGUAGUUGUUUUCACGUGUCCAAUCGAUAUUUCUACCACAGAAACCAAGGGUACAGUGCUAUUACAUAAUGCUCAAGAAAUGUUGGAUUUCUCUAAGGGCGAAGAACAACAGUUGGAUGACAUGUGUAAGGAAAUAUAUGAUUCUGGGGUCAAAGUGGUUGUUGCUGGUUCCAAUGUGGGCGAACUCGCAUUGCACUACUUCAACAAAUACGGUAUUCUUGUCUUGAAGGUGCCUUCCAAGUUUGACUUGAGAAGAAUCUGCCAGGUCUGUGGUGCUACUCCAUUGCCCAGAUUAGGAGCACCAAUGCCAGAUGAAAUGGGUGACAUCGAUAUUAUAGAGACAAAGGAGAUUGGUGGAGACAGAGUCACCAUCUUUAGACAAGAAGAAUCGAUUUCCAGAACUGCCACUAUCAUCAUCCGUGGUGCCACCCAAAACAACUUGGACGAUGUAGAAAGAGCCAUCGAUGACGGAGUAAAUGCGAUCAAGGGGUUGUUGAAGGACAACAGGUUGUUGCCCGGCGCUGGUGCCGUAGAAAUCGAGUUGAUAAAGCGUGUAACAAAGUACGGAGAAAACACACCGGGCUUGAUGCAAUUAGCUAUCAAGAACUUUGCAAAGGCUUUUGAAGUUAUCCCUAGAGUUUUGUCUGAAACUUCUGGAUUAGAUUCUUCGGAAAUGUUGAGUAAGCUUUACGCGGCUCACUCUACUGAUGACAACAUCAACCUCGGUAUCGACAUCGACAAUGACGAUUUACUUGAUGUCACCCAAGCUGGUAUCUACGACUUGUACUCCAGUAAGAAGUCUGCCAUUAACUUGGCUGUAGAUGCCACCAACACCAUAUUGUCUAUAGAUCAAAUCAUCAUGGCCAAGAGAGCUGGAGGCCCUCAGAUGCCAAAGCAGCCUAGACCUGGUAACUGGGAUCAAGAUGAUUAA